UCCACUUCCAAUACCUAUAAACCAUAUCUCAUCUCAUGAUCUCUUGAAUCAAGAUUCAAGUCAUAAUAGAGACUUACAUCUUAAUAUAAGUGUAUAUUUUUCUAAUAAAUUAUUAGAUUCGGUAUCAGAGUGGAGUGAUAAAGGUAAUGUGGAUAUAGAAGG